CCGUCGUUCCAUCAAAUGGAAAACAUGUUUUAACGAUUUUCUCCUACAAAACCUAACACGCUACUGUGAAGCCACUGCCGCCGUUUCCCUUAACCAUUUCCUUUCUCCAUUUUGAAGCCAUGAUCGUCGUUGUCGCCAUCGCUUACGGGCUGUGAUAUUAUUAAUUUCUAGUUCAGUUCAUACUUCAAUCUUGCACGGCUGUUGUAAGUAAAUGUCAAGAGAGAUGCAUCAAGUGGUAGAAGAGGAAGAUGAGGAACGUCGUCGUCAAAGGAAGAUGGAAGAGGUUCUUGAAGUCAAAUCCCUUCGACGUAUUAUCAGUGCCUAUCUCAACUAUCCAGAUGCUGCAGAAGAGGAUGUAAAAAGAUAUGAAAGAUCUUUCAAAAAGCUUCCGCCUGCACACAAGGCUUUACUAUCCCACUAUCCUUCGAAGUUUCAGAGACUGAGAAGGUGUAUUUCUAUGAAUUCUCACUUUAUAUAUAACAUGCUUGAGGCAUUUGAACCUCCCCUGGAUAUGAGCCAAGACAUGGAUGGUUGUGAGGACUCACACCAUGAACAUGCCCUGAAUGAUCAUCUCUUCUCUAGUGAGGGGAAUUGCUGCCCCAGUCAGUCUGCCUCAACGACUGGAAUGUGUUGUUCCAAACCUGGUGGAGCCUGUUGUGGACAAGGGAACAAUACAAUAUGCAGGUCAUCAGAUAGGGUGACUACCGAUGAGGAGGUGCAAAUUGAAGGUUGCUGUGAGCCUGCUACUGGGAGCCAUCUGGCAAACUUGCAAAAUAGCCAAUCAACAGUUGAACUUGCCAAAAUAUGUUGCUCUGAUUCCAAUGGAAAUGUUGCCUUGUCGCAUCAUGAUUGCCUGGAUCCAUUAGUCCGGUUUAAUGUUCCCUUGGUUGAUGUUGAUAAGGUCCGAUGUAUAAUAAGGAAUAUAGUAAGAGACUGGGCAGAUGAGGGACAAAAAGAACGUGAUCAAUGUUACAAGCCUAUUCUUGAUGAGCUUGAUUCUUUAUUUCCUAAUCGCAGCAAGGAUAGUCCUCCUACAUGUUUAGUUCCUGGUGCUGGUCUUGGGCGUUUGGCCUUGGAGAUUUCUUGUUUGGGUUUUGUAUGCCAGGGAAAUGAAUUUUCAUACUAUAUGAUGAUAUGCUCAAGUUUUAUUCUUAAUCAUGCUCAGACUACUGAAGAGUGGAUUAUAUAUCCUUGGAUCCACAGCAAUUGCAAUUCACUUUCAGACAGUGACCAACUUCGUCCUGUUUCAAUACCUGAUAUUCAUCCAGCAAGUGCUGGAAUUACUGAAGGUUUCUCCAUGUGCGGUGGAGACUUUGUUGAAGUGUACAGUGAUCCAACUCAAGUAGGAGUAUGGGAUGCAGUUGUGACUUGUUUUUUUAUUGAUACGGCACACAACAUUAUUGAAUACAUUGAAAUCAUAUCAAGGAUUUUGAAAGAUGGAGGAAUUUGGAUAAAUUUGGGACCCCUACUAUAUCAUUUUGCAGAUAUGUACGGGCAAGAUGAGAUGUCCAUUGAAUUGAGUUUGGAAGAUGUGAAGAGAGUUGCUCUACAUUAUGGGUUUCAGUUGGAGAAGGAAAGCAGAAUUGAGACAACUUACACAACAAAUCCAUUAUCAAUGAUGCAAAACCGGUACUUCACUGCAUUUUGGACAAUGAGAAAGAUGUCCAUGGCAACACAGAAGGAUUCUACACAAUAAUUACUUGCUCAGUUAUCAUAUGAUAUAAAAAUUAUUCCUUCCCAAAGUAUGCAAAUAGAUGAGGGUUUAGUUUCGGACACUUGUAUGUACGGGUCUAUACAUUGAAUUAUCUGCGGUUGUAGGCGCCUUCAUUUCUUGGUGAAGUCAUUCGCGUUGUGAGUAAUAAUUAAUUUGUAUUUGUACUGGGCUCUGAAGAUUUGCAUUGUGCGAGUUUAUCAUUGUUUUGCCAUAGAUUAUGGAUUUGUAUCAAGAAGACCGUACGAGUCUAGGAAGGCGAGAACUAUUUGUGCUAAUUUUUCUUUAGUCUUUAAUGAAAGGCAAAAAUCUAUCUCAAA